AUGCUCAUUGAACGGGAUUGGGUUCGUCAAGGCUACCCCUUUGCUCCAGAUCCGUCUGAUUGGCAAAAGAAUGCCUCUUUGCUUUCCUCCAAGUCCGACUUUGGCAUUAGUUCGACAGUUGACUACGACUCUGGAGCCGCAUUUGCACUCUUCCUCGAUUGUACUCAUCAGCUACUCGUCCAAUUCCCUACAGAGUUCGCUUUCACUGAGGUAAGCUAA